AUACUUGUAUUUAAUUUUAAAUCAGCUUGGAAACUGCUUUUUAUUGGAUAAUGUGUUUGAAUAAAAAUUAUAACUGAGUAUAUAUUUUUAUAAGAAUAUAGUUCUACAUUUGACUAGUCCAUUAUCCUACAUUCGACAUGGCCGUCUUCAUGAUAAACAUCUGUAAAUUUAAUGGCUGCGGCAUAACAUUUCCACGACUAGCGGAUUUAAUUGAACACAUCGAAGACGUUCAUAUCGAUUACGAUCCAGCAGUCGUCGAGCAAAAAGAAGCUUCGCAGCCAGCAUGUAUUCCUCUAAGUUAUGUUCUAAAAUUUUUCACGGAAGCCUCGAGGCGGGAAAUUCAAAAUAUGCCAGCAGCGGCCGACGUGCGCCGGCGUUUGCUUUCUGCGCCAAAAACGCCUUCUGUCCGAAGCGGUACACCUACAGGGAGCGAGGUGGAUGAAGACGAGCUGAUGAGCCCCUCUGAAGACAGUAACGAUUCUUGGACAACAGUCGAGGAAUACAGCUCUGAGUUUAUUCUUCGUUAUGGAGUGAAAAUGAACGCUAACGCAUCAUCGGGAGCCCUAGGUCCCGCAGCACAGGAGAAGCCCUUCGCUUGUCCGGUGCCAGGUUGCAAGAAAAGAUACAAGAACGUUAACGGCAUCAAAUAUCACUCAAAGAAUGGCCACAAAAAAGAUGGCAAGGUAAAAAAGGCUUACAAGUGCCAAUGCGGCAAAAGCUACAAAACAGCACAAGGGCUUAAGAGUCACUCGAUAUCCCAACACAUCGUCUCAGCUCCGAGCGAGGCUCGUGCCAAUGCCCCCAAGAUGCCCAACCUCGUAGUCACAGCCUCCCCCGCCUCCCGGCCCCCUCCCACCCCCUCUCUGGACAACAUCGACGCAACGAAACUUGUCCGCAUCUACGACACCAUCAAAACCAAAGAUCUUCCCUCCUUCACUAUCCCCAAACAUAACCUGACUCACCUAAACAUUAUUGCCGCGAAUCAAGGUCAGGGCUUACGACAUUCAGUCUUGCUGACUCCGAACUCGUCACCCGUUACCAAUCUCGAUAAAAUCAAGUACGAUAGAUCUCCCAAGGUGACGGUGACCCAGGAAACGUAUGAGGUUUCUAGUUUGUCUAUGCCGAGCGAUCGUAGAGGCUGAGUUGUUUAGUAUACAUUAGUUUAAAUCACGCAGUUCCUAUAUGAAAAAUGAAAAAAAAUCCUCAUUUUUUUUUAAGUUGUUGGUUGAAGGUGGUGAUAUAACCUUGAAAGUUAUUUUAAUUAUUUAUUAUGUUCAUAUUAUUUUAAAUAAGUCUAGUCAAAUUACUUUCAAUUUGGAAUUUGAUGUGUUACUAAAUACCUAAAAACUGAUCUGAUUAUAAUGGAUAGUAUUUAAAACGAUAUUAAUUCGUAUUUAAAGUAAAUUAUAUAUUUUAUCAUCGAUUAGGUAUGUACAAUAGACGUAGACAAUAUUAAGUCUUUUUUAGUUACUGUAUUGAUAUAUAGAUAAAAGCAAUUUGACUAGACAUGCAUGUAUUUACAUAUUUGCACAUAAUUAUAUUAUUUUAAUUUAAAAGAACCUUCGUUUGGUUUGCUCAUUUAUUUAUCGAAAUAAAGAGUUUAUUUCAUUGUUACGUUUUGUUAACAUAUUAGUUUGCUGUGAUUGAAAUAUUUAUGUAAUUAUUUUUUACCAAAGUGACUUAAAUCGCUAGUGUAGCGUAAAUCCAAAGGAUUAUAAAUGGACGGAGUUAUGCAAAAUGGAGUCGGUCCUUAAAACUUGAGUUUCUGC